GGUCUGUUUUGUUCUAAAAAUUCUAAUAAUGUUAAACGCUAUACUUUUAAGAUAUCUUAAAGAUAUUUUUUUUAUUCUUUUCAUCUUUUUUAAUUAUGAAAAGAAAAACAUUAAAACAUUCUUUUGCAAUUUCUAAGUAUAUUCAGGAAUUAAAACCUGGUGAAUUAAGUAACAUAACAUCCACGAUAUAAGUAAUUUCUCACUCAACAAUCCAGAUAGCCAAAUAUUUUAAUGUUGCAGUUAUAUUGCCGAAACAAUUGUUGUAGCAACUAAUUUAGACUAACUCAGAAUAAAGUAAGACAGCAUUAUGUUUGUUAGAUCUGUUAAAUUCAUAUAAAUUCUAUUUUUAAUAAUGGCAAAUCGAUAGUAACGUGCCAUUUACUAUCAAUCAUCCGUUGCUGUCAUGUUACUAUUAUAUCGCAAACAAUAUAUUAUAAUAUAUUAUUAUAGUAUUGCCGCUUGUUUUUUUUAAUUUUCCUUAUAACUAAUUGUACGUAUAAGGCCCAGUUCCACAAGUUCACCUGGAGUUUAACUAAUCGUGUUCAAUAGACGAAUUUGUUUUAUAUAAAAUAAAUUUCCUUAAGAACAUGAUUAAUUAAACUCCAGUUAAACUAAAUUAUGGAACUGGACCUAAGUAAUCAAGUUGAAGUAAACCUAAGUAGUCAUGUUGCUAAAUUCGUAAUGUGUUUAUGUUGAUGUCAGUAAAUGUAUAGCAAUUAAUAACAUGCAGUGCGUUAGUUUGUUCAUCACGUUUGGUUAUCUAAAAACUAUGUAACUGUUACAUAAUAGUCCUACUAGUGAACUAAUUUUACAUUUCUCUCACACACACACACACACACACACACACACGCGCGCGCGCGCGCGCGCGCGCGCGAUUACAGAUGAAAAGUGAUACGAAAAAUACAUAUUUACAACUUAUCUAUAUUGAUAUAAUUUUAUAUUUUUAAUAACUGUAUAGCGAUAAACAAAAUACCAAUUACUUUAGUUGCAAAUGACUUGUCCUUUGAUAUAAUUUAUGCUGAUAAAUUAGCUAUAGUAGGAAUACUAGGUCGGUUCUAUCUGUACGACGUACACGAUGGAUGGGAGUAAGAACAUAUAACUAGGUGCGUGUGUGUCUGUGCGUGUGUUUUGCAUGUGUGCGUGUGUUUUGCAUGUGUGCGUGUGUUUUGCAUGUAUGUGUGUUUGCAUGUGUGCGUGUGUAAAAGAGGGUGCAAGGAAGAUUGCAAGAGAGAAAAAGAAAGAAAAGAACGCAGGAAUUAUGCCGCAAUGAGUGUAAGCAAAAACAUAUGACUGGUGUAUGUGCAAGAGAAAGAGAAAGAGUGAUAGAAUGUAAAUAGCAUGGUGUACAACGGGUAAACGUGAGGAUAAUAUUACAAUGGAAGAGAGCGGAAGCGCGCGAGAAUAGAUUUUUAAUAGUUCCCCAAUUUUUAAUGGUACCUUUAAAUAAAGACUUAUAUAAUCACAUCUAAUAAGCAGCUUUUCCUACAAAAAAUUACCCCUUCCCUUGUGAUAUCAUACCCACGAUAUCGAGACUAUUGAUAUUGGUUUUCAAAGGCGGUCAUGUUUACGCGGUUCUUCUCUGCGUCGGGACCAGCGUCAUCUCCCCUCGCCACAUCUUACAGAGAGGUAGUGACACGCGCGCCACCUCGCAUCUAAAACCGACUUAUUUUAUUUACCGUUAUGGCUAAUAAACAUUUCGGAUUUUUAAAGUCCCCGAAAUAGUUUAUGUCUGAUAAGCGGGAUAUCAGUUUACUUCUGAUAAGCGGUUCUUUCCGGAACCCCGGGUGACGUCAUUCCUCCCCGCCGCAACACCCCCCUGCGCCUACAAGUUCCCCCCGCAUACCCGCACCCUCCUCGGAGCUCACGGAGUUAGAACUAGAGGUCUAGUAUUCCUACUAGCUAUAUGCUCUGUCUAAAGCUAGUACCGUUUUCACCGUGAACAUGAAUGUUUAUUUUUUCAUAUUAAUUUUUCUUUGUUUUACAGGAUAUUUACGUUAUGGACUUUUGACUAAUGAAGAACAAAGAAUCAUCCAUGGAAUAGACACUAAUAUUAAUAUAGUUCCUUAUUUGUUAUCAUUGAGAAUAAAUAAUAUACACGUAUGUUGUGCUACUAUAGUAAACACAAGAUGGGCUGUGACAGCAGCGCAUUGUUUAAAAGCCACAGAAUAUCCUUUGGAAGAGAUUACCUUGUGCAGUGGUUCUUCCAUUCUUUACAAGAAUUGUAUCGUUCACAACAUAACUAAUUUUUUCAUACAUGAAAAUUAUGACAACAAAAUUAAUGACUUUGAUAUUGCGGUUAUUAAAGUAACACCUGCAUUCACGUAUAAUGAUCACACGAAAGCGGUUAAUUUGGCAUCAAAUGAAUAUGUUUACACAAAAUGGGGUAUAGUUUGCGGUUGGGGAUAUUAUAUGAAAUUUCACGAUUUUGUCAAGCCAGUUUUAUCGAAAAAUGUACAAUGCGCAAUAGUACCACAAAUAUCUAAACGGAUAUGUCAAUCAUAUUAUGCAAACAGAUAUAUAUUAACAUCUAGGAUGACAUGUUAUGGAUUCCAAGAGGGAGGCAUAGACGCUUGUCAAGUAAGAUGGUGAUUCUGGAGGACCAAUAGUGAAUAGUGAAAAUAUUCUCCUCGGUAUAACUUCAUGGGGAGAUGGUUGUGCUGAACAAAAUUCACCUG